AUGGGUACUGGUGCGUUUGUACAGGCUCAAGCAUUUUUCUUUAUGAACGGGACCGAUACAAAGGCCGAUUCUCUGUCCAACCGGUUGAACCGACCAGUCCGCUCCGUGUGGCAUGUUCAUGUGGAGGAAUCAUGGCCUCGUUUCACGCCUAGAGGCCAGGCCGCUGCAAAAAGGAAAGAACAAACGGGUGGUUCGGGUGCUAAGAGUUCUAAUUCGAAGAAACAACAAGCUUCAAAAGCGAAAGGGAAGAGAAAGAGAAUGUGGUUGACGAUGAUAGUGAAGUUGAGUUUGAAGAUCUGUACAAAAAAUCUCCAUAAAAGUAGUUUGUUGAUUUGGAAGACUGAGAAGGAGAAGGAGAAGGAGAAGGAGGAGAAGAGGGAUAUGCCCUAUUUAAUGAUAAUAACAUUGAAGGAUGACCAGGUUGGGGUUAAGGAGGAGAAUUAG